ACCAUGGCCUGGACUCCUCUCCUCCUCUUCCUCCUUCAUUGUACAGGGUCUUUCUCCCAGCCUGUGCUGACUCAGUCACCCUCUGCCUCUGCCUCCCUGGGAGCCUCAGUCAAACUCACCUGCACCUUGAGUAGUGAAUACAGCAGCUACAUCAUUCAUUGGUAUCAGCAACAUCCAGACAAGGCUCCUAAGUACGUGAUGUAUCUUAAGAGUGAUGGAAGCCACGGCAAGGGGAAUGGGAUCCCUGACCGCUUCUCUGGCUCCAGCUCUGGUGCUCAUCGCUAUUUAAGCAUCUCCAACAUGCAGCCUGAAGAUGAAGCUGACUACAUCUGUGGUGCAGAUUAUUCACUGUGGUAUGUUUUCGGCGGAGGAACCAAGCUCACCGUCCUAGGUCAGCCAAAGUCCACUCCCACAAUCACAGUGUUUCCACCUUCCUCUGAGGAGCUCAAGACAAACCAAGCCACAGUGGUGUGUAUGAUUAACGACUUCUACCCGGGCAGUGUAACCGUGACCUGGAAGGCAAAUGGUGUACCUAUCACCCAGGGUGUGCAGACUACAAAUCCCUCCAAACAUAACAACAAGUACAUGGCCAACAGCUUCCUCACUUUGACAGCAGACCAGUGGAGAUCUCACAAUCACUUGUCCUGCCAAGUUACACAUGAAGGGAACGUUGUAGAAAAGAGUGUGUCCCCUGCAGACUGUUUCUAGGAGCCCAGCCUUUCCUUAGCCUAGGGGACCCAGAAUGGGGUCUCUUCUCUGUGCUACCAAUCUCAACCUUUCUCUUUUACCCACUGAAUAUUCAAUAAAAUAUCAUUGAUCAGAA